GUCAAGGUUCUCGGACUAGCUUUCGGCCAAGCAAAAGGGAGUCGCCGGUGAGGGGCAAUUCAUAUACAUGUACACUCGGUUACACGGCGAUGUUGAUACUACUGCAGCAAGCCAACCAUCGCGGUAUGGAUCGCCGGUGGAUUCGAAGGAGGGGUAUCCGGGAAGCCUGAGAUGGAUAUGAGGUCGGAGAUCCCAUAGAAAGCACCGGGCCUGACACUUAUUCUUAUCACGCUCAGCAUCAGUCUCUUAAUCCGGGGUUCUCACCGUCUUUGUAGCACAAACAGUUCCUAACACCAUGGCUAUCGCCCAAGAAAAUAGCGAGCUGCACGUCUUGAUCAUAGGUGCCGGCCUUGGUGGCUUGACACUUGCCCAAGGUCUUCGCAAGCAAGGCAUUAGCUUCCAGAUCUUUGAGCGUGACGCCAGCGCUGAGGCGAGAGGCCAAGGAUACGCCGUUGGGCUUCACGAUCCGGAAAAGCUCUUUGGUGGCUCUCUCCCUGAUGAAGUCUUCUCAUCUCUCCGAUCAUCAUGCCACCUCCUUCCUCUACAGCUGCCAUCGUGCUUAGCCAUGUUCUUUCCAGAUGGGCGGGCAGGGUACGUGACAGAUAGCCCAGAGACGCCUUGCAUCAGAGCCCACAGGUUACGUCUGCGUCAGGCUUUAGCUCGCGACCUCGACAUCCAGUGGGGAAAACGGGCGCAGAGGAUCGAAGAGGGUGAGGAUAGGGUGACGGUAUGGUUUGAGGAUGGGACAAAGGCGAAGGGCACUGUCCUCGUUGGCGCUGAUGGAACUUUCAGUGCAGUACGCCCACACGUCCUCCAGAAACCGAACUCGGAGGUCUUGGAGAUCUCGACCUAUUCCACUUUCACAAUGGGCGAGUGUCGUCUGAACCGUGCCGAAAUGGAGAGUCAGCUCCAGAUGGCUUAUUCGUGUUAUGUCGCCUUUGGACCGGACUUUGUUCUCUUCAGCGCUCUGAACCGCGUCAGCGAUGAUGGAUCCUACGGAGACUACUACUGGAUGACGAUAGAAAGUCAAGACGUGGGUGAUAAUCACUGGGUCAAGACGGGCACGGCGGAAGAGAGGCUGCGGAAGACGAAGGAGAGGGUCCAGGCGUUAGACCCGAAGUUCAGGGUCACGGUGGAAAAAACAGAGGUGGAAGGUCUGAAGAAGGUGACGACAUGGUACGAUGCUCUUAUAGAGGACAUCCCUCCGGUCAACAGGGUCAUUUUGAUCGGGGAUGCCGCCCAUCCGAUGACACCGAGUCGCGGAGAAGGCGCAAUUUACGCCAUCAGGGACGCAGUCGGGCUAUCCAAGCUUCUUUCCGAAAACAAACAUCAGUCGAUCCACAUGCUACGGCACAAGAUGGAUGAGUAUCAGCGGACGUUGGUGAGCGAAGGCAACAAAUCGAUCUUGCUGGCUCGCCAGGUCAUGGCGAAGGCCCGUCAAAGGGAGACGGUGAGUAAGCCCAUGGCUUGGGGGCAUGAGUUGAAGAUACUGAACGAGGCAGUACCAUUGCCGCUUGAGUAAGUAGGGGUUCGGGGGGAAUGAAUCCCUUUUCGCUGGUUUUCAGAUCAAUAUUGUAUCCUCCCCCCACACACAACCAAAGAUGAAGGAUCAGUAGCUGGUCAGCUUCCGUGCUUAUUGUGGUUAGAAGAACGCUGUUGGUAUUAUCGUAUCGAUUAGCGUCUUGAUGUUCUGAACUUGACAGGU